AUGGCCCAAUCAUCUCAUCCCUCCAGUCUUUGUUCGAGUUUCAGUCGCCUUUGCCUUGAGCACCAUGACCAGCUGCUUCCACCCCAUGCUCCGGGUCUAUGUUCGAGCUUUGGGCAGCUUCGCCUUGAGGAUCAUGACCCAUCAAUGCAAACACAGCCAGCUGUUGACUCAACCACCAUCUGCCCGUCUUUUUCUCCUCGGCCUUCGCGUCUGCGUUCGAGUUGGGCUAUUCUCGAGCUUGAUGGUUCUGGCCAGGACCCUAUCGCUCCUCACCGCCGUGGUAACUUUCUCUCUGCUGUGAUCGUGUAUCCUGAAGACAACGACCCCGCCAAUUUUUUUUGCCGAGAUAAACCAGGUCCAUGGGCCUAUAAGAUCGCCUGUCCUGAUCUUGUCGUGCUAGAGGCGAUCAUUCGAAACUACAUCAUCGAUGGCAAUUGUUUACUUUACCACGUCUGUUUCCGUAACCUGUUUGUCAUUCCGGGGCUGCGUGUUAUUUCCCAUUGCCAGUAUCUGCUGCAUGCCAUCGAUUGGCUGCGGCAACGGUCCCCGCGAUUCCUCGCUCUUGCGCGACGACUGCGUGGUUCAAAUUCAGCACAAAGUACCCCUGUAUUUUCAAGCCAAGCUGCUUAUGUCUGUUGA